AAGUCUCAAGAUCCAAUCUUUCCAUCUUCCCCAUUGAGUUCUUGAAAUUCAACAUUCAACUUCCAUGGCAAAUGCUUGGAAGAAAGAUCGAUCCAUUAAAAUCGCCACCCCAAAAACCCUCUUCCUCCUUUUCUCCACCUCUCUCCUCCUCCUCACCUUCUUCUACCUCUCCUCCAACACCACCACCUCAUCAAACCCUAACCCUAAUUUUAAAACCCUAAUAAAUCUCCCCAACUCGUUAAUUCAACCAUUUGAUUGUUACAAAUCACCUCAAUCCCAUCCAAUCAUCGCAAACCUCGUCGAAGGUGUCAAGCACCCAUUUCUCUACUCUCUAUCGGAUUUCGGAACACUUCCUGAUAAGCCCCACAAGAACAUUGUUCGGAUCCUGAAGGGGAAGUUAUUCCGGAGACCCGACAUCUCUGCAACGGUUCAGGAGCUGCUGGAGAAGAUGAAGGGUGAGGGUAAAACGGGGAUUUUCGUUGACGUCGGAGCAAAUGUAGGGAUGGCUACAUUCGCCGCUGCUGUGAUGGGGUUUCGGGUUUUUGCAUUUGAACCGGUUCUUGAGAAUCUACAGAGUAUCUGUAAUGGGAUUUAUUUCAAUCGGGUUGGCGAUUUGGUUACCGUUUUUGAAGCUGCUACUUCUGAUCGGGUUGGAAACAUUACAUUCCACAAGUUGGUCGGACGGUUAGACAACAGUGCAGUUUCAGCCACUGGUGCAAAGUUGGCUUUCAAAUCGAAUGAAGAAAUUGAACUUCAAGUACGAUCCAUUCCCCUCGAUAAAGUGAUCCCGGAGGAAGAACCCGUGUUACUUCUGAAAAUAGAUGUACAGGGUUGGGAGUAUCACGUUUUAAAAGGUGCGAAAAAGUUGCUAUCAAGAAAGAAAGGUGAAGCUCCGUAUUUGAUCUAUGAAGAAGACGAAAGACUUUUACAAGCCAGCAACAGCACUUCAAAAGAGAUUCGAAAAUUCCUUCAUGGCCUCGGUUACACCAACUGUCUGCUACAAGGUACCGAUGCUCAUUGCACUAAAUAAUGAUUCGUUACAAAAACGAGACACGACCACUUUUACCCUCCAAGAAACCAAACAUAACUGUUGAUUGCGCUGAUUCAUUUGGGGCGAGCAUGCUCGAUCUUUGUACGAUGGCUGUGGAGAGAUGAUGGAUGUCGGGAUCAGAGUUCGAUCUUUGUACGCCGACGUCGGUUUUUGUUCGAUGUUGGGUUUAUUGUAAAAUGUUAGUAAUUAAUGGUGAGAUGCUUCUUGAGUAUGGAUGGAGUCGAGAGUUGUGUUUGAUUUUAGAAGUAGAUUGAUAGAUUGUAUCGAAUAUUUAUACGAAUGGAUCAUAGUUCAGUUUC